GGCAAUGGGCGGGAGAGAAUUAGGCGACUCCUGUGCUACUGUGUUUUGCCAGCACAAUCUCUGCUCGUUUUGUCUAAGCAAUACAACUUCACAGUGUACUGAGAAACCAGCAUCUUUGUAUUCUCACACGAUGGACCUUCCAGGUUCAAGUCAACAAGAAAACUGAAGAGUCUUCUCCAGGUAGGUCUUCAGAAAGCUAUUAAGGAAGAGCCUGUGCGAGUCCAUCUGCUGGAAUCAGGGCUGCCCCCCACUCUGAUUCCUGAUUGCUGUAGCAGGAUGCGUCUAGGGAAGAAUGGUACAAGAGACAGAACCAGGGCAGCACCGAGGAUUCUCAAAUGGGAACAGUGCUGGGGCUUCCUGCGACUUGCUAAAGUGGUGUUGUCCGUGGUGCUGAUGUGUGCGCCACCUAGAGUGAGUGCUCAGAAUGACACGGAGCCUAUCGUACUGGAAGGAAAGUGCCUGGUGGUUUGUGAUUCCAAUCCUUCCUCUGAUGGAGCCAUCACCUCAUCCCUGGGUAUCUCAGUGCGCUCUGGAAGUGCCAAGGUGGCAUUCUCAGCUAUUAGGAGCACCAACCACGAACCCUCUGAGAUGAGCAAUCGCACCAUGACUAUUUAUUUCGAUCAGGUCUUAGUAAACGUUGGAAAUCACUUUGACCUUGCAUCCAGUGCAUUUGUAGCCCCCAGAAAAGGGAUAUACAGUUUCAGUUUCCACGUGGUUAAAGUGUACAACAGACAGACUAUCCAGGUAAGUCUAAUGCAAAAUAACUACCCAGUGAUUUCAGCCUUUGCUGGAGAUCAGGAUGUUACAAGGGAAGCAGCCAGCAAUGGUGUCCUUCUGCACAUGGAGAGAGCUGACAAAGUCCACCUAAGACUGGAGAGGGGCAACCUCAUGGGUGGGUGGAAGUAUUCAACCUUUUCUGGCUUUUUAGUUUUUCCACUAUAAAGAGGAGAUGGAGGGGUCAAGUUCUGGAGAAGUAGCAAAAAGGAUUCAGCUGUCAAUGUAGCCAUUAACCUGGUGGGACAAGAUUUUAUUCUCCAACCAUCCCUCCCAGAGUGUCUCUGUAGAAGAAUGAAUUAUCUUCUAGGUAAAAUAUUUUCUUUGAUAUCGACAUUUCCUUGGGAAAACUGCGCCUCUAAUUAGUUUUAGACGACAGUGAUCUUUAGGAUAAAUGAAAUUAUCGACCUGAGCAAUUUGUACCCGUGAUUGUAAAGUCAAUAUCGGAAUUUAUUGUUGGGAUCAUUGACUUUUUUUUUUGUUGUUGUUCUGAGACAAAUACUCGGACCACACAGUUGAUGUCAAGAAACACAAACAGAAGAUCACAAAAAAAAAUAUAUCGAAAAUUAAUAAUAAUAAUUCUGAAUAAGUGUUCUCGCAAUGCUUUCUUUAGUGUUUGUAUAGCCUUAAGAAAAGAAUGGCUUCAGUCUCAGCAAUGUAUAUUUUUGGGGGGAUUUCUGGACAUGACUGUGUCAAGAAGUGCUUUAUACACAGAAGCAAAUUUUGCACGAUUGGAAUUGACCUAUUUCGUUUUGUGUUGUUGAUGUAUUUCUUGAUAUUUUCUUUCAGGGUGCUGAAAAUGUACAUUAGGUUGACCAAUACGAUAAAUGAUAUAGCUGUAAAUCAAAGUAAAAGCUUCUAAAUGUC